AUGGGGAGAUCGUCACCUCCGUUCCUUUAUGGCCCUCCAUCCACCUAUAGUUUCACGGGUCCAACGGACCGUCCCUUCAAUCCAAAAGCUGCGACCCAAGCGAGCAAGUCUCGAGAGUCACCCAAGCCCAAGUCAAAGCGCCCGUUUAUCAAUUUCAACAAACAUCCGGAUUCUUUCUCGCUUGUCCAAAAUGGCAAGACUCGUUGGACCCCCAUGAGCCCCAAGACCAAGGGUAGGGUGUUUCAUGGACGAAAGGGACAGCUUGCUUUGCGAGUGCUGGCGCUGCUAGGCGCUCUUGGGUCUCUCUUCUGCGCAAUUGUUGUCAAAAACGUCGCAGCGACCAUUGUUUGGAUUAUUCGCGUUGGACCCUGCGUUGCGAUUCUCCACACCCUCUAUGGCAUUUACCAUCUUUCCCGCUCGCCCAUCGGUAGGCCAACUGGCUCUCAAGCCAGCUACAUGGUAUUUGCUGCGACUUUCGAUCUAGGGCUCAUUCCCUUCUACGUCUUUACAGCAUUCAUAGCCUACAAACAAUACACUACCGACUAUUAUCAUUGGGAAACGCUCUUCGACAAUGCCCAGAUCACCGAGCCGAUCGCCAAAGUUACCUUCAUUCUGAGCAUCGCCAACGGGGGCUUGCAUGCGAUUUCUCUUGGACUUUCGAUAUUCUUAGCCGUCCUGUUCCGUGAAAUCACCAAACUGCCGCCAGAUCUGAAUCCCUUGGAGGAUAACCUCACUGCUCGUCCCCACAAGCGAAACAAAUCCGAGAUGGCUGAAAAGCAUCUGAGCCAAUCUACAAUGGAUACGGCCAUUUCUUCUGACCCGUUGAUUGGGUCUCCUCGCGCCGUGCCGUUUAUGCACACACGAGAAAGGUCCUCUGUAGACGGUUCAGCGCGUUACUCAGAUCAAUUCAAUGAACAAAGACAGUCGCAAGGGUCACAUAACCCUGAUUAUCUACCAUAUGAGGAGCCUCCCGUGCCUGAGAUACCGGCCCAUCUAUUCCAGGCCGACCACUUCCUACCUCAGACGCCAGUACAGGAGAUGGAAAAUAUCAAAAUCCAAACACCUUCAAAUAUGUCUCGCAAUACUCCGAUACGGGAACCUUCGCCUUCGAUCCCUGACAGAUCCCAGUGUGUUAGUCCCGAAUCAGACAACUGGAUUGUGUAUCCAUCGCGUUCCCCUUCACCUAUCGAAGAGUUCCAGGCGACUCAGAACGAAAAUCUUGCUCGUCGUGACCCCUCCUCUGUGUACGAUAGAACCGUAACCCCUGCCUCUACAAACAGCGGCGGUCGAGACUGGCUCGGUUCUGCCCAGCGAUAUGGAUGGGGCGUUGGUGGUCCGAUCGCGGAGGAUGUUCACGGGGAAUAUGAAUCACUUGCCGCGCAUGAAUACUAUGGAAACGACGACGACAUUCACGAUUUCCCACUACACAACAGGCUUUAUGACCAGAUCGAACAAGACCUUGGGGAGAAUCGCAUUAAUAUCUUCCACGACUACGAUGACCACGAAGAAGACCAUCAUAACUCUCUCCCGUUCAAUCCGCUAGGGCUGAAUCCACCUACACCGCAGCCACCUACACCGCAGCCCAACGAGCCUCUUGACAACAUUAGCGCUACCGGCCGCAACAUCCUAGCUGACAUUCCCAACCUUUCCCCCACCCCACCAGUCGCGGUGCCUGAAAUUGACAGUCCUGAGAAAAAGGGACGUUUCUACGGUGAACUCGAAGGCAACCCGGGUCUCUCCGUCCCCCGGGGUGUCAGUGGUCAGGACAAGCCCUAUAUCGAUGGUCUGGGGAGAAAACCAACCAAACUAGUGAAACGCAAAAGCCAGAAAAUGAACUCCUAUGGCCCUCUCCGACAGAACGAUGCCGACAGUGAUGCCGACGAAAACAGCACACCUCCACUCCCCAAGCCUGUCACGGUCGAUGGCGAUCGCAAGGGCCGUGUCGUCAGUAACUCCGGCGCCGAUUAUGGUGCUCGACACAAUACGGGCCCUGGGGCCGCUUUGUCGUCGUACGGAAGUUACAUCGCUGGUCUCGGAGUCGGAAGAAGGCGAGAUGUCAGUGGGAAAGUGGCCGAGGAGGGCAGAAGUGGUGCGACAAUGCCCCAGGACAAGCAACCACAGACGACUCCUGUCCGGGCUGCUGGAUGGGCACGCUUUGCCGGGUUGUAA